ACGGACAGGUUAGGACACUCUUCCGAGACAGAGAAAGUCCCAGCAAUUAAGUCAGUGACUGAUGGACAAACCCUUAGGAUAUCCGACUACCAAGGCCAUUGGAUUUGAUAGUAAAAAAUAUUCCUUUAAUAUUUUGUAGAACAGGUCGGUUCAUUUGUUCUGGCAUCCUUAUUAGCGGCGGAGGUCCUGCCAAGUGUGUUCAGAAGAUCUUUCCAUCAGGAUCAACUUUACGAUCUUCUAAAACUACCAGUGCUGUGAGGGGUGAAGGACAUGUUAGUUGACUAGUCUAGACUCCUUCCACUACAGAGAGGAAGGGCCCUGUCACAGCUUAGGGUUGAAAAAGUCACAAGUCCAGAAAAUUGUGAGGGUAAACUUUUUCGGAGUGAGAAUUGUGAACUCUUGGAACAAUCUGUCAGAGAGUGUUGUGACGGCGCCCCGAGCGUGAUCUCUUUCAAGCGCAGACUUGACCAACACUGGAGCAGGUUUAAAUACAUUCAGGAGCCAGUGCAUGCCCAGUGCUUGUCAACAGUGCGUAACAGAGACUUGACCGACAGCCCAAGCGGCUAACGAGCCGAUCAGUGGUGAAGACGAUAAAAGUAAAAGUUCCAGUACAUUUUCUCAAGGCUUCUUACACUUCUAGAAAUUAACGAGAGAAGGAAUAUUUGUAAACAGUUGACUCGUGAAGCAAAUAUCCCAAAGACAAUAUAACUUUAUCAACGUCAAAGAAGGAUUACAAAACUGAAUGGAAGCAAAAAUCAUUCUGAGGUAACAGUGUAUGGCAACAGGCGUAUAGCACCAGAAAGAUAGUGAGAGAGAGAGAGAGAGAGGUCAGAAAAACUAGAAUAAGGUAAAAGAGAGAAAGAGAGAAAGAAAGGUUAUAGGAAGAAAGAGAGAAGACUAAGACAGAACAAUAAAGACAGGAAGAACACAAGAGAAGAACAAAUAUAGAAAGGAGACAAAACGAAAGAAAACAGAGAAAGAAAAAGACACGAAGAAAUCCAAAAAAUAGAGGAAGAUAAUAAAAAAGAAAUAUAGAGGGACAAAAUUUGAGAGACAGCGAAAAAGGAGAAAGACAGGUCAAGAUGAAUGCUGUAAUUCAUGUCAUAACUCUCUGCAUCAUCACCACCGUCACCAUAACAGAAGCAGGUAAUGGAGUGUUCACCACUAGUAAAGACAACGUGUACAAUGUUACUGUGCCUAAGAACAGUUCAGAGUCCAGUUUCUACUUGUGGGCGAACCAUCCCAACACCUCGGUGAAGAUCCAAUUUGUGAGCGUCUACCCCUACAGCGACUCCUUCACCAUUACACAAGUUAAUGUCUGGCAUCUAUCCUAUGUCUACCAGCCUACAAAAGAGAAGCCCUUACAAAUACAGAUCCCACUCGACCAAGUGUAUGUGCAGAUGGAUUAUUUCCCGGUAGAGGAAAUAGUCUUCUCCAGCGAUGCCCUCGUCUACUGGUCCUUCUGUAGCCAACGUCAUACCUGUAGUCUGAUGGCUCCAGUGACUAAUAGCGGUAACAUCAGUAGUCGAUCACUAGCAGCAGUCGAUGUUGGUGAUGAUGGUAACAGCCUCUACCUUACAAUCUCCUUGGCGGUGGCGUGUGGGGUGCUGCUGAUAGCUGUAGUAACUCUCGCUGGAAUGCUCUGCUACCAACGAAGGAGCAACGUCUUCCAUCACUAUGAGAAGCCAAUACGACUACCUCUACCACCACCUGUUCCAAAAGGCAUCCACCCCAAGAUCAACAGCAACAGCAACCAAGACUUCCCCGAUAACUGCGGUACACAAGUCUCCCCAGAUAACUGCAGUUCCCAAAUCUCCCCAGAUAACCGCGGUACACAAGUCUCCCCAGAUAACUGCAGUUCCCAAGUCUCCCCAGAUAACCGUGGUACACAAGUCUCCCCAGAUAACUGCAGUUCCCAAAUCUCCCCAGAUAACCGCGGUACACAAGUCUCUCCAGAUAACUGCAGUUCCCAAGUCUCCCCAGAUAACCGCGGUACCCAAGUCUCCUUCGAAUACCGUGGUAUACAAGUCUCCCCCGACUACUGCAGUACCCAAGACUCCCUCGAUAACCGCGAUAACGACACGACCUCGGAGCACUACUACAGGGUGGAUCAAUGACGACAAGACUCAGUUGACAGGCGGCAGUGAACAUGAACACGAGCGUGUUAACAGUAUCUAUGGAGUUAAUUUGUGGCAUUAUAACUCGUGUGAAGAGAUAUAGAAUCACAUAAAAGGUUCAUAUUUAUAUUAUAUACUGUAGAUAGAUAUAUAUAUAUA